AUGGGAGAGAGGAAGUUCUGCAGCUGCCUGGAAGGGUGUGGCCCUGAAGGUCACAGAACAUGGGCAGAGAGGGUGGACAGUCACCUUGAGAUUGCUGCGCAUACUCCAUGUCUUCAGAGCAUCGCCCCUCAGUUUAUAACUGGAGAAUGGGGGCACACAGUCAGGGGAAGCCAGGACCAGGUUCCAGCUUUAAUCACUUUCCUCACUGUUAUUGUUUCAGAUCCCCAAGGGGUGGCUGGGGAGGAGAGAUGGAAACAGGGAAAAAUUAGAUACUGGAUCCCAUUUUUAAAAUGUGGUGUUGGUGCAGGGCUGAGGAGAGGCCUGCAGGCCUCCCGGGCGGAUCCUGCCUCCUCCACCCAAAGGUGGGUCUUCCAAACUCAGCUGUCCUUGGAUGGUCUGGUUGGAGGUUUUGGGGGGCUGCUCCUGAAGUCCCCACAUAGCCUCACCCACCACCGAAAAGCUGGAGACCCCACAGAGGGAGCAGAAUCAGUGGCCGGCCCCUCUGGGGUCGAGGUGGGGCAGGGAGGUCUUGUGCUCCCAGCGCUUUGGGAAGGCGGGUCCAGUCUGGUGGAUGCGGCUGCCGAGUGGGCGCCACCAAGGUCGCUGGGAACUUACUUGCUACUUGUGGUGCUGCUGGCACAGCCUUUUCUAAGCAGUGAAUGAAUGCCAGUCUAAUCCCACAUCCCUCCAGGAACUCAGGCAAAUGCAGCUGCUAUAAUAAACGUGUGCGUUUCUUAUUCUGAGUCUCUGAUGAAUCUAUUUAUUGCAGCCUUCAGCCCUGGACACAUUUCUUGGCAAGGGGUCUUUUCUGGAUAUCCAGAUGAGCUUGGAAUGGCUCAACGGCCCCCGCUGUACCUGGCUGGGAGGCUGGGGGAGCCAGAGAAGCCUGUGACCGUGUGCCCUACUGCCCAGAACAGCCCCUCUGUUGCAGGAGUGGAGGAGACCGUGCUGCAGAGAGAAGCUGUGCAAGUUGCACCUCGCCUGCCCAGUCUCUUCCACCAGACACUAGCCCAGAGGAAGCAGCCGGCCAGCUUACAGGACGACUUGUCUGAGGAAGGCAGCAAAGGCCAAGCGUGCUGCCCCCUGCUCCUUGCUCCUUACACCCCUUCCGCCUGGCCCAACACGAUGGCCUUGCCUCUUAAAACCCACAUGAAAGAACAGGAACAAAGUGAGAACAUCCACAUGUCCCAGGUGCCCAGCCUGCCCCAGAAAAGCAGUCUCCAGUGUAGAUGCUCAAGUGGAUGUCAAGAAGAUUGGGCUCCUCGUCCAGACCGCUGGCUGAGUCUCAGGGCAGCAGCCAGCCGGCAGGAGCUGGCUGACAACUUCGGAGAACGGCCUCAGGGGACCUGCGUAGCCUCUUCUCGGCGUUCAGGGCGCUCGGGAGAGCACGGCCAGGCUGCGCAUGCGCACUGCCGAGGCGGUGCCGAAGAGGAAGAGGGCGGGAGGAGCCCUGCUCCCUCCCAGGCCAACCCCGGAGGAUUGCGCGUGCGUGUGCGCGUGCUCACCCGUGCAUAUCGCCCCACAGUGUUGGCGCGCCCUUAA